UGUAGCAUUUGCAUAAACUUGGUGGAGAUCUUUGGAUGAGUGUUUUCCAGAAUACUAUGGUGUGAGACACUGAAAUGGCUGGCCGUAUUCCUCUGGUGUUGCUGGCCUGUGGCUCCUUCAACCCCAUUACCCACCAGCACAUGCGUCUGUUUGAGCUGGCCAGAGACCACAUGCACCAGACAGGUCUGUAUCGUGUGGUGGGUGGCAUUGUAUCUCCUGUCAGUGAUGGUUAUGGUAAACAGGGCCUUGUUGCUUCAAAACACCGACUUGCUAUGGCAAGACUGGCCCUGCAGAGCUCUGACUGGGUGUCCGUAGAUGACUGGGAGAGUCAGCAGGCGGAUUGGACAGAGACUGUGGUGACCAUGAGGUACCACUAUAGCCACAUAGCCGCUCAGUACGACCACAGCAAGGACCCGUCCACAAAUGAGCGACCAGCCUUUGGUGUCCCACAGUUGAAGCUGCUUUGUGGAGCUGAUUUCAUGGACACGUUUAAGGUGCCUGGUUUGUGGAUGGACGAUCAUGUAGAGGAGGUGGUGGGCCGCUUCGGACUGGUCUGCGUGAGCCGUGGUAACCUGCAGCCAGAGCGGGCUAUACACGAGUCCGAUUUGUUGUCCAGGCACCGGCAGAGCAUUUUCCUGGUUCGGGAGUGGGUACACAAUGAGAUCAGCGCUACAGAGAUCCGACGAGCCCUACGUAGAGGCCACAGUGUUAAAUAUCUUUUACCAGACUCUGUCAUUGAUUACAUAAGAGAGCACAACCUUUAUACCCAAGACAGUGAGAUGAAGAACAAAGACGUUAAACUACGACCUCUUGCCAUGCAAGCAAUACAAGACUGAUGUAGGCUUUCGGGAAUUCAGAGCCUGAGGUGGUCUAAAGGCCAAUUCACACUGAACCGACAAAUGACAACCAAUGGCAACACACACUUCCCAGACAGCAACAUAGUGUCGGCCCACAUCUGGUACAUGUGGAUUCCACAAGGCCUAGAUGUGGGCCGGAUCUGGGCCCUCGCUAUGUUGCUUUCUGGGUUUGUCGGGUUUUGCCGGAUCAGUGUGUUACCUCUCGGCAUCUGUUUCCAUUGGUUGGUGCUUGUUUUUGCCAAUUGAACAUGUGCAAUCCACCUCUGUCGGUGCAGUGUGAAUUGGCCUUUAAGGUGCGGUCACAUGUACCGUUGUUCAAAGAAUUUUCUCGCGCAAAAUCCAAUCGGAAUCCACGCAAUUAGAAAUAUUGAAAGAUUUCCGCACACAGAUUUCUCAUUAAGUUCAAGUUGGUAACCUGAAUUUGCAACGUUGACCAAUAGAAAACUCUCUGUGAGCAGUGGACCUUUUUAAAAAAGGACCC